CUGCUUGGCUCGCAGCCGCCCGGCGCGGGCAAGGGUGAUGGGCCUACUGGGUGCAGCCCUCCGCGUGGCCAGGCUGCCCAGCCUCGUUCAACCCGCUUGUCCGGUUCAGAGGACACCCACGCAGGAGGAAGCAGACGUUAGCUCAAAAUGUUUGGACCUGAGUUUGGAGUAGAGCCCCUGAGUCGAUCCUAAUUGGACGCUAGGGGACCGUAGGUUAGGCGCCCCGGGCACUGGGUGCCCUGUCAGAAUGGGAAGAGUAAUAACCCCACAGUCAUUGCACCCCACAGACUCUGGACCGAGGAAAACAUACGCUCAUGUGUGCGGCCGGAGAGUGGUAACAGCCAACGCAAGGCACGUCGAACUACAGAUCCCACAAUACAACGGGGAAAGAACGUGCUUCUCCUAGACCUGAAACCCGACUCCUGCAGGGGACGACGCAACGAGGCACGCUGGGAUUUGUAGUCGGCUGGUCCACGUUGAGCCGGAACUUAACACCCACCCCCCCAACCCUGUGCCACUUCUUAAAGCCCAAACAUCCGAUUCCACGUCAAUAGAAGGCACUCGGAUUGCACGUUUUAGAACUUUUUCACCUAUAGGCAUAUGCUAGCAAAACUUACGGGCUUCGUAGCCUUUGACAGACAUUUAGACAACAUUUAUUGAGUUUCUGUAAGUGUCAGGACCUAACCACCAGGACGCUACAUUCACCCGACUUCACAGAAUUUAAAUUUUUAUUGUGCUACUUUAUUCUGGAGCUCAUAAAUGAAGCACGUCUUCGGCAAAGAAAUGGAGGCAGAAGACUGACCUUCGAAAAUAUGUAUUUGGGAGAUAAUCACGUUCUAUUGAAUACCUUGUGCUGGUGCUGCCAUCGAAAAAUCUGGUUACAGUCUGGGGAGGCCUGCUGCUACUGCAGGACUGAACCCCCUCGGCCCUGA